UUACUCUGAUUCCCAAUACAUAAAAAAAAACACCCUAAAGAAAGUGAGCUAAUAGAUAGAAAGUGAGAGAUGGGAAACAGUCUAAGGUGUUGUCUAGCUUGUGUUCUUCCAUGUGGAGCACUAGACUUAAUCAGGAUCGUUCAUCUAAACGGCCACGUUGACGAGAUCACACGAUCAAUAACCGCUGGAGAAAUCCUCCAGGCAAAUCCAAACCAUGUCCUAAGCAAACCAUGUUCUCAAGGAGUUGUCCGCAAGAUCUUGAUCUUGUCCCCUGAAUCCGAACUCAAGCGAGGAAGUAUAUAUUUUCUCAUCCCUGAUUCUUCCUUGCCAGAGAAGAAAAGAAGGAGAAAAGAGAGUCAUAGUCCGAACAAGACCCUCAACAACAACAACCCUAGGGCUGACCUUGGAGAAGUUAAAGAUGUGAAACUGUGUGAGAAGUACUUGGAAGAAGUUGUGUCGACGGCUUCAAAUGGUAAUAAAGAACAACGUCAUCGCCGGCGGCAUAGUAGAUCGGUUUCAGUAUCCUCGUGGCAGCCACAUCUUGACAGUAUCUCUGAGGAUCUUAAUUAACUCUUAUUUCUUUUUUUUCUUUCUAGCUAAUGGUGUGUAUUUUUUUGUCCGGGCGCCGGAUUUUUAUUUCCGAGAGAUUUUUUUUGUUUGUGUGGAAAAUAUCACGAAAAAUUAUAUAAUGUUUAUAAGUUAUGUGCUAAAUGGUGUUGUAAUUUGGAGCCACCAAGAUUAUUCCUCUUGGAAAGUGUAUGUGAUGGAUCUGUCUACGGAAAA